AAUGCUCUUUGCGGUUCAUUUUGACUCUGCGGAACCAAAAUCGCUUUAUCUCUCUUUGGUCAGCGUAAUCACCUCCCCUUUUCUCUUUUCUAUAUAUACAGAGACAACCCAAAUCCUCCCCUUGGACGCUUGUGUCUCAGUUUCUGCGGUAGAAGAAAGGAGAUUUUCGAAAGUCUUUAUACUUAUAAAUAUAUAUAUAUAUCACCUACAGAAGAUUCCCUUGCUCAUACAUAAAUCUUUAGGAUAUGGGGAGACCACCUUGCUGUGACAAAGUAGGAGUGAAGAAAGGGCCAUGGACGCCUGAGGAAGAUAUCAUCUUGGUCUCUUACAUACAAGAACAUGGUCCUGGGAACUGGAGAUCAGUUCCUACUAAUACAGGUUUGCUUAGAUGCAGCAAGAGUUGCCGACUUAGAUGGACUAAUUAUCUCCGGCCGGGAAUUAAGCGCGGUAACUUCACUGAUCAUGAAGAGAAGAUGAUUAUCCAUCUCCAAGCUCUUCUGGGAAAUAGAUGGGCAGCCAUAGCAUCCUAUCUUCCUCAGAGAACAGAUAAUGACAUAAAAAAUUACUGGAACACCCAUUUGAAAAAAAAGCUGAAAAAACUCCAAGAUGGGCAGAAUCAUGGUGGAUUUUCAGCUUCACAGCCAAAGGGUCAGUGGGAGAGAAGGCUCCAGACAGAUAUCCGUUUGGCUAAACAAGCCCUUUGUGAGGCCUUGUCCCUUGACAAAUCAAGCUCUUUAACGGACUCAAAGCCCUCUACAACUAAUGUCACAAGACCACAUCACGUAUUUGGACCUACCUAUGCGUCAAGUGCAGAAAACAUUGCGAGAUUGCUCGAGAACUGGAAGAAAAAUUCACCAAAACAAGCUCAAACAAAUUCGGAUACAGCAGCCAAUUCAAGUUGUAGUGAAACAACACCCGAUCAUGGAUUUGAGCACUCACUAUUCAGUUUCAACUCUUCAAACUCAUCUGAUGCGUCUCAGUCAGUGGAUGAGAAUGUCAAAUUGACACCAGAAACCAGCCUCUUCCAUGAAGAAAGCAAGCCCAACAUUGAGAAUCAAGUUCCUUUCUCGUUGCUGGAGAAAUGGCUACUUGAUGAAGGUUGUUCUCAGAGUCAUGAAGACCUAAUUAACAUGUCCAUAGACGAUAGUUCAGUUGGUUUGUUUUGAAGAAAUGGCCUUACGUGUUAGGUCUUCUGCUGGUAAACCUUGCUAAUUUCUACUCUAAUUAUGCAGAAAUUAAGAGGACACCACCUUAAUUAAUAAUUAGUUGAAGAACGAAAAGUGUACAUUAAAAAAUACUACAUCUAUACUUAUGAAUAUGCUAUGUUCUAGACACUAUUAGUAUGUAAUUUCGUCCUAUAUAUUACCAUUUUAUAAUUAAGCUGUAUUUUAAUUAUCUUCUCCUUCUUCAGAUAAAGAAAGAUGUGUGGGGAUGUUGCUC